AUGCCUGCCCUCGUAGCUCCAGCAGACAAUAGCUCUUAUUGCACUCCUGUUAUUCCUAGCCCAGGUAGGCGCCAUCAAAUAAAGGGCUUCGUCGAUGUACAAGCAUCCAGGUCGCCUGCACUGAAACUCAUCCCCAAUAAAUCAAUGGCAUCAAAAUUACUACCGCCAAGCAAGAUUUCCAAAAAGCCAUCAGUCAAAACCCCUCUCCCUGUGGAAGAACAGGCGCAAGGGGAGAAACCGUUCAAAGUUGCCCUUGAUGCUGUAGCAGAUACAGUCAUGGUGCAAUGUCCGUUCCAAGGACAAGUUUUCACCUCCAGGGAGUCGGGCCGAUUAGUUAUGAAACCCAGGCUUACUUAUGACUAUAACAAACUCACACUCAGCAUCGACAUGCCUACUGCUAUCCACGAAGAGCUGUUCGAUUGUCUUAAGGAACACCUGACUUUGGCCAUCGCCAAUAUGCCUUACAAUUGCAGGGCAAUCUGUCCUAGAAUCCAUAUGAAUUACUCUCUUGAAGUCCCCAGCAAAUCCGUCACAUCGGAUAUGGCUAUAUCUGGGCUUGGGGAGUGCGCGUUUUCGGAGGAUAGGGAGCACGUCUUUGACAAGAUGGAGACAGAAAUCGAAGCUCAUCCAGAGGUCGACUUCGCAGUCAUCGUCUUGAUACACGAGUCUGCAUCGUUCGCGUCUCCUCUUCCCAAUUCUACUGCAUCCAAUAUCCUGCCCACUGGAGAUGCUGCCGCCGAUCUUCAACCUCUCUACAUGAAAUCCUUCAUUCUACAGAGAUCUACCCCGCGCCAGUUCGAUCAGCCGCUCACGGUCGCUGAUCAUAACUGGUGUCAGGUGGGCUCCGUACAAUAUUUCGUUUGGAUCAAAGGAGCUAACGGCGCCCCCAUCAAUGUUCACGAUAACAACCCCCUGCUAAUGACGUUGGCACCCACAGUAAACAUGGGUGCCGUCACUGCCAUGCUGGAGACAGGGCUGCGCCGGAUGAGGGACUCUAUGGUCAGCCUGACGCUGGAGAUCGAUAAUGACGCGGAUUGCUCUGCACUGCAAGCUGCCAACCCCACACUACCAAUUGAGUGGGAUCUCGGCAUGUCAGGGAUCUUGAGCGCGAUAGACACCACCGCCUACCAACGUUAUCUCAGCUGGAGUGUAGGUGUUAAACGCCCCAACGACUCCUUGUAUACCCCAUCCGACAGGGAUGACACUCAACAACCACUGGCGACUCGCCCUCACACACGCUCCAUGGCACGCAAGGUUGCGAGUACCUCCCAGCCUUCUCCUCGCAAGGCGAAGUCCAGAGGCAGAAGUGUUGGCAAGCCGCGUAGAAAGGCAGGCGCCGCUUCCGGAAGCACUCGUUAA